CGCUCUCUCCAAAUAUUGGAGUAGUACAUAAACACACACAUCUCGGUUCGGUUUCUCUCUCUCUCUCUCUCUCUCUCUCUCUAAAAUCUCAAAAUCUCUCUCUCAAUCAAGAUGUUAUUGUUGCACCUAGUUCAAGCAAUCCUACUGAAGAAUGCGGUGUCACCGCUUACGAAGAUAUCGGCGAUAGCCAGAGCCAUCUGCACAGCGGAUGGUAUAUCUCUGCAAAUUUCACCCUCAUCUGCUUUCGGAAUGGUCAUGGCGGUUCUUCGAAUCAAUUCGUCAUGUUUCGAAGACUUUCGCUGCGAUGCAAGCGUUGAGGGUGUCGAUUCGCUUGACCUCUCUGUUCUCAACUCUAUACUCUUUGUUACCAAUGAUCGAGACUCCAUCAUUGUCACCGCCUAUUUUGAUGACGACAAAACCCUCAUCUACUUCAACUUCUUGGACAAUACUGGUUUCAAACUUGAUUGCGUUCCAGUCGCUUUGGGGAUAAGGACCAUAGAGUACAAGGUACCUCACCCUGCUAGUACCCCUGACAUUUUGGGCAUAAAGGAACCCGAAUAUGAAUAUGAAGUCAUUGUGGGGAUACCAUCGGAGAGAUUUAGGAGGGUUUUGAGGCACUUGAGGCUUUAUGAGGAAUACACAGUCGAUGUAUCUGUAACUGACGGGCGAGUUGUGACAUUCUCUUCAGGAUCCGAACACCUUGACCUUACUAAAGAGAAUGGGUGUAUUUUCUGGGGUACUGAAGAAAAUGACUGGGUUCACUUUCGAAUUUUUUUGCAUGGCAUGAAUUCAUUCAUUGAAGCCUCAGAGAACUCUGCCUUGGUGUGGAUGUUCAAGUCCCCUGACUCCCCUGCCAUGCUGAACUGCCCGAUCGGACCUCUCGGUAACAUCAAGUACUACUUCUCCCAAGAUGACUACUAGUUUGUUAGUUUCAAAUCUCCCCAGUUCAAUUUCCCUGUUUGGUUCCUAAGAAAACAUCAUUUUGUGACUAUGCAGAGAUGACUAGAUAUAUAAGUAGUUCCCAAACAAUCCCCCACCCCCCAAAAGCUGUUCUCUAAGCUGUAUGUUUGUACAUGACCAAUACAGCAAGAAUAUGGAGAAUAUUUUGAGCCGUAUGUUUUGUAAAUUGCCCUGUUUGGGCCGUCAGGAAACUUAUCGUUUUGUGAUUCUAAAGAGAUGAUUAGAUCUAUAUAAGUAGUUCCCAAACAACCCCUCACCUCCAAAAGUUGUUCUCUGAUUCA